UCCGGCAGUGUUACCAAAAUGGUUAAGGUAAUCUUUUAUGAAAGCAGGAACUUCCAGGGUCAGCGCUAUGAGUGUAGUAGUGACUGUGCUGACCUGCACUCUUACAUCAACAGCUGUAACUCCAUCCGUGUUGAGAGUGGCUGCUGGGUGCUGUAUGAGAGACCCAAUUACAUGGGAUACCAGUAUGUUCUGACCAGGGGAGAAUACCCUGACUACCAGCACUGGAUGGGAUUCAAUGACAACAUCAGGUCAUGUCGCACUUUUAGCUAUGCAAGUGGGGCUUCAUACAGAAUGAAGAUUUACGAGAGGCCUGACUUUGGAGGACAGAUGAUGGAAUUCAUGGAUGACUGUCCAUCUGUCUACGAUCGUUUCCGUUACCGUGACAUCCACUCCUGCCAUGUGAUGGACGGUUACUGGAUCUUCUAUGAACAUCCCAACUACAGAGGGCGACAGUACUUCAUGAGGCCUGGUGAAUAUAGGAGAUACAGUGACUGGGGCGCCACUGUAGCUACUGUCGGCUCUUUCCGUCGGGUUGUGGAUAUUUAAGAAAAAUUUCAAGAAAAAUUGGUCAAAAAUAAAAAUUGCUUCCCCACAUUUAAAUUGCAGUCCAAGCCUUUUCUUGUACAUACCAUUUAGCUUGUAAGUUAUUCUGGCUGAAAAUCAGCACAUUAAAUUGGGAGGCAUUAUUUCCUUUCAAACAUUACUUCAAA